GUCAUAACAGUGUUACCUGAGCUGUAAACACACGUCAUUUUAGCAUAAAAAUAACAAAAUUUCUUCGGAAUCGUUACCGUGAUAAAAAUGUGCAAAUUCGCCCAAAACUCAGAAUUGAAUUAAUUUUCUGAAGCAGUAAAAGGACACAAAAUGCAAAUUCCAUACAUGAGAGUUGCAAUUUAUGCACUGACAUUCUUAACGUACGCUUACUCCGGCUAUGGAUCGAAUAUAAUAUCCAGUUUACGAGAUGCAAUCAUUGCUGCUGAAGCUGUUUUCGGUGAUGUAUUCAAGAAUGCAAUACAUCUGGCAAAGAAAUUCCAUUCCGUACACGAAAUAUUUGACGCUGCAGUGGACGAAAAUUGUGUCUACAAUUGUCCCGGAGGUGAAAAGCCGACACGAAAUAAGUUCCAUCAGCCUAGCAAAGAUGGGUGCGGAAGUCUUGGAAUAGGAAUUAGUACCGAAUAUUUACCAGCCGCUGAAAUGGCUACUUGUUGUGACGAUCACGAUAUUUGUUAUGAUACGUGCAACAAGGAUAAGGAAUUGUGUGAUCUUGAUUUUAAGCGAUGCCUUUACAGUUACUGCGAUAAAUACGAAAAAUCAACAGUUGGAGGUGAAAUAAUGGUUAAAGGAUGUAAAACUGCGGCCAAAAUGCUGUUCACCGCCACACAUACAUUGGGAUGCAAACCGUAUCUGGAUGCUCAGUCCAAGGCGUGUUAUUGUCCGUCCACAGAUAGUAGUAGCAGUCGAAGCAGUAAAAGUAAAUCGAAGGACAGUAAUAAGCGAGAAAGUCGACAACAAGAUAACAAGCAAAAACCACCAAAUUAUGGCUGGAAAAACACCGACGAAAUGUAAAACGAAUUAAUAGUCCUUCCGACUAUUUGGGUUAUUUUAUACUAACAUCAUCAGCCUAGUCAUUGGGUAUUAUCUGAUAUUUUCAUAGUUUCAUUUUCUGCGAUAACUUUCAUUUGAAUGUCCAUAGUGUGGAUUUUUUGGAUAGAAUGAGGAUCAUUUUUCGUUUGUUUUUGUCACCCACCGCAAUUUGGCUUUAUAUAGAAAAUUGCAAUUUUUUAUGGGAUUAAACGCUCCUUGCUACCCGAGUA